AUGAAGAAUAAUCUUGUUGGAACAAAUAUAGAUGCUUUUGUUUGCACGGUGGUUGAUGAGGCUACAAAAGAACUUUUCAAAAAAUUAUUGAAGGAUUUUGAGGAAAACAAGUCUAAGGCAAUGGAUGAUGAAUGUUUUGAAGUUGAGAGUGACGGGAACGGGACUAUGAAAUCGGUUUUCAAUAAAGGAAAACAAAAAACAAUGAAUCAAGCAUUGAAGGAUAGAGAUCCUGUAACUCGAGCUUUAUGUCGACUUAUAUACGUUGAAACGUUUCCAUUUAACUUGGUGAAGUCUCCAUUGUGGAAAGAAGCUUUGAGACUUGUAGGGGAGUUUGGGAAAGGAUUGAAACUUCCUUCAUAUCAUGAGGCGAGAGUAACAUACCUAAAGAAAGAGGUAAAAUGUGGUCAAAAAGGGUUGAAUAAGUACAAGGAAGAGUGGAAGAAAACGGGGUGCACUCUUAUGUCUGACGGUUGGACGGAUGGGAAACAAAGGUCUAUCACAAAUUUUCUUGUGAAUAGUCCAAGCGGCACGGUAUUUGUGAAAUCAAUUGACACAUCUUCAUUUGCUAAAGAUGCAAAUAAGUUAUUUGAAAUGCUUAAUUCAAUUGUUGAAGAAAUUGGGGAGGAGAAUGUGGUCCAAGUCGUCACCAAUAGUGCUUCGGCUUAUGUGUUAGCCGGUUCAAAGUUGGAGCAAGAGAGAUCUCGUUUAUAUUGGUCACCGUGUUCCGCCCAUUUGAUUGACUUGAUGUUGCAAGACAUAGGAGGUGGAAAAACAUUCAAAGACACCUUAGAUAAAGCAAUAAAAGUGACCGUUUAUAUUUAUAGACAUUGUGUUUUGUUAUCCAUGUUUAGAAGGUUCACCGGUGGUCAAGAAUUAAUACGAGUCGGGGUAACACGAUUUGCUACUUCUUUUCUUACAUUGAAAAGAUUUCAAGAGUUAAAACAUCCCAUUCGACAAUUGUUUGCUUCUAAUGAAUGGGCCGAAUCCACCUUUGCUUCUAAAGAUGAAGGGAAUCUUCAUUUCGAGGAGAACUUUAAUGCUGAUAAAGAAGUCAAAUGCGGAUUGUAUGAUGUCAUUGAAAGGAUGUAUGAUAGGCCAACAAUGGUGACAAUUCAUGAACAACUUGUAAAGUUCAAUGAGAGCAUCAGGAUGUUUGGGAUAUCCGCAGCCGUGUUAAGGAGGAAGAAAAUGCAACCUGCUAAAUGGUGGUCAAGUUAUGGAGAUGAGUGCCCGAAACUUCAACAUCUUGCUAUUCGUGUCUUGAGCCUCACAUGUAGUGCCACCGGAUGUGAGAGAAACUGGAGCACUUUUGACCAUAUACACUCCAAGAAGAGGAAUCGUUUGGAGCAACAAAGGUUGAAUGCAUUGGUGUUUGUAAAAUAUAACAUCAACCUUGAUACACGACUUCAAAAGAGAAAAGAAAGAGGGGAGACUUAUGAUCCAAUAUGUUUGUCGGACAUGGAGUCGGAUGAUGAAUGGAUUACUGAAAAGGAGGAUCUUUAUUUAUUUGUAGGACCAAGGAACCUAAACAAAGUGUCUAAUGUUAAAGACAAAGCUAAAAGCCAACUUGUUGACUUAGAUGACGAGGAUGAGGAGGAGGGAGAUCAUAUUGGUUUCCAUGAGACAACGGUGGUUGAAGAUGAAGAUGAAGAUGACCACUUUAUCCCUGAAGUUUAG